CGAAAGACGGAUCUUGGAGAGAUUCUGGAACAGAUCACUCGAGUUCCCUGCAACAUUCUUACUAGGGACAUGCGGUUAGACCAGACCAGCGUUGCAAACCGCAUGAACUAGGCUGCAAAACGAGAGACGACUCGUGCAGAAGACAUUGCAUGGGAAUAUUCGAUGUCAACAUGCCCAUGAUAUACGGCGAGGGGAGGAAUGCUUUCACUCGCUUGCAGGAGGAGAUUGUAAAGCAAACUCAGGACGAUUCCUUGUUUGCCUGGCGGGUCAGUGAAGAGUCUGCAUCCGAAGGCCCGUAUCGCGGCUUAUUUGCCUCAUCGCCGAAAGAAUUGGCCAGUGAGGUGAGGUGACUACCACUCCGUUUUUCACCAGCACGGCCGGUGCGUCAACUCUACUCGGCAAUGGGUGAAUAUCACUUAGCUGCGCUCUAUACCAGGACGGCUUCAUUGGCCUCAAGUGCUUUCAGGACACGGAACUCUCAACAGUUGUGGGCAUCCAAGCCAUCAAUACAGGAAGCAAUCACUAUGUACGGUCCAACCCCUUGCAGUUGGUGUUGAAAUCUCAUCAAUAUCCUGUUUCUUUUCAAACGGUGGUAUUUGACAAGUUUGUCAAGAUGAAGGAGCCGAGGUCAUUGAGCGACAUUUAUCAGCACAAUGAGUUCACUCUAGCUCUGCCUCCAGAAAUAAGUUUGGUGGCGGUGUAUCCCAAAGAAUACACAGGAUUCCAGGAGAAGAUGAGGCUGCCGAUAACGCCUCUUGUCGGGG